GCCACGUGUGUCGCUGUCAUCAAACAGUAGUAAAGAUGGCGGCCACCUUGUUGGAAAAGCAAAUAGCAGCCCUAAAGCGUAUGCUCAACUUCAAUUUACCACAAACUAAAGCCACAAACGCCGAACCACAAUGGAAGGUUCUAAUUUACGACAGGUUUGGGCAAGACAUCAUUUCGCCUCUUCUGACUGUGAAAGAAUUGCGAGAUAUGGGUGUAACGUUGCAUUUGACGCUUCACUCGGAUCGAGAUCCGAUACCAGACGUUCCUGCUAUUUACUUUGUGAUGCCCACCGAUGAUAAUAUCCAGCGCAUUUGUAGAGACUUUCAGAACCAACUUUACGAGUCAUACUAUCUCAACUUCAUUUCUGCAAUUUCAAGGCAAAAACUGGAGGACAUUGCCCAGGCUGCGUUGCAAGCAAAUGCAGUUCAACAAGUCUCAAAAGUUUUUGAUCAGAAUUUGAAUUUCAUUUCGCUUGAAGAUGAACUGUUUACUCUACGCCACCAAGACAGAGACUCAAUUUCAUACUAUGCCAUCAGCAAAGGGGAUGUUAAGGACACUGAAAUGGAAGCGAUCAUGGAUAGCAUUGUGGAUAGCUUGUUUUCAGUUUUUGUGACACUAAGUGUAGUGCCAAUUAUUCGUUGCCCAAGAGGCAAUGCUGCUGAAAUGGUUGCAGAAAAAUUAGAUAAAAAGCUUCGAAAAAAUCUGAUAGAUACCAGAAACAGCCUGUUUGCAUCUGAUGGUGUCCCUGGACAAUUCAGCUUCCAAAGACCACUUCUUGUCAUUUUAGAUAGGAACAUAGAUUUGGCAACCAUGCUUCAUCAUACAUGGACUUAUCAGGCGCUGAGUCAUGAUGUUUUAGAUUUAAAAUUGAAUCGUGUGGAGAUUGAAGAAAUAAUUGAUGAGGGACCAAGUGCAAAUUCUCCAACAAGAAAACCUAGGACAAAGAAAAAGACUUACGAUCUUUCAUCUAAAGACAAGUUUUGGGUAAGUCAGAAGGGCAACCCUUUCCCCGAAGUGGCUGAGGCAGUGCAGGAAGAGUUAAAUGCUUACAGACAGGAAGAGGGGGAGGUUAAGAAACUGAAAGCUGCUUUAGGCCUUAAAGGUGAAGAUGAUGCAGCUAUAAGCAUGCUGUCUGACAAUACUGCUCGUCUUACGUCUGCUGUCACUUCUCUUCCAGAACUGUUAGAAAAAAAGCGCCUGAUUGAUAUGCACAUGAAUAUUGCCACUGCUCUCCUUGAUCAGAUUAAAGCACGGAAAUUAGAUUCGUACUUUGAAACAGAGGAGAAAAUGAUGAGUAAAGCUACUCUGAACAAAUCCUUGAUGGACAUGAUAUCUGAUCCUGAAGCUGGUAAACCAGAAGACAAAGUUCGUUUGUUCAUCAUUGCUAUGAUCUGUGGACCACCCAUGUCUGAGGCAGAAAUUGAUCAGUACUGCGUAGCCCUUCAAGCGGCAAACUGUGACAUAUCAUCUGUCCAGUACGUCCGUCGUUGGAAGUCAUACUCGAAACUUCAGGCCCCUGCCAGCCAGUACACGGGUGGCGGCAUCAGCUCGACUAGCAUGUUCUCAGGACUUCUCUCUAAAGGUUCUCAGUUUGUCAUGGAAGGUGUGAAAAAUUUAGUUGUGAAAGGUCACAAUCUGCCCACCACUCGAAUCGUCGAUGCUCUGAUGGAGUUGAAAUCUUUGCCUGAUGUUGAAGAUUACCUGUACUUUGACCCGAAACUGCUUCGAGCAGAUGCUUCGUCUACACCUCGCAACAAAUCUCCUUUCCAGGAAGCCUAUGUUUUUGUUGUUGGUGGAGGAAACUAUAUUGAAUUUCAGAAUCUAAUGGAUUAUGUUCGCUCAAAGGCCACACCAACAAUGCAGAAGAAGAUUGUGUACGGUUGUAGUGACCUUGUGAAUGCUGCUCAAUUUUUGAAACAGCUCUCUCACUUGGGACAAGAAAUGUCAUAAUUUUUUCUUUUCUUUUCAAUUUCACAAAAACACCAGUUCCAUUAGCUGUGGAGAAUUUGUCACUCCUUUUUUUAGUCAUGAAAGCGGCUAAUGUGAAAGAAUUGAGUUGAAAUUACUGGGCUGGGUUGUUGUUUUUGGGUUGUUUGUUUUUUUUGUUCUAUGAACUGUUUUUGUUUGAGAAUUUAUAUUAUAAUGUCAUUUUUAAUUUUUGUUGCCGUUGCACUCUUCAAUAGAACAGAUAGUUUAGGCUACCAUGUUCACUUCUUCUUAUAAAAAUAGGGUUGUGCUUGAAGAAAGACUGAAUGUAUAUGAUGAGGAAUCAGGGGUCGCUUAAUUUGAAUACGGUAGAAUUUUCAGAUUUCAAUCUCUCACCUUUUUUCACUAACCCCCAUUUUUGUUUUCUACUAGCUUUAAAAAUGUUUUGUUGUGUGGUUAAAUUUAAAUGAGUAUUCUGUGUGUGUACAUAUGCUUCAAAGGGGUUGGGGUGUUGAAUAUAAUGUCUGCACAUGACUGUCUGACUCAUACUUUAAGUGGACUACACUUUUCAAAUUAAAUAUUGUGUGUGUGAAAUCAUAAAUUACUUUAACUAUAAUAGUUGUAAUGGUUUUGGUCAUCAACCCGGUGGCUCACAAGUACAGUAUUCUCCACAUAAACGCACUCUCCGCUCGAACGCACGCUUUUGACAGAUGGGUAUUUUACUUUAUAAUUAAGACGUUUAAAUGCACGUUCACUCCUUCUAAACGCACACUCUGAUCCGCGGAACACACCGACAGGUAAAACUUGACAGGGGGAAAUUCUCACUACAACCUGCACAGCUUGCAUUAUAAGACAAGUCUAGAAAACUGGAUAUUUCACGAGACUGCCCCUCACACCGAACAAAGAGCAGGUGUGGAUAGCGUUUUCACACCCGACUUUCCACCGACACAUAGGUGUAGGACUGGUCGGUGAAAUGUUGGGGGACUGAAAUGUUUUUGAUUGGUCACUGGAAAUUAAUCUUUGAGAGAAGGUUUCUGACUGUUGUGUGGGUGACUGCAUGUAAUGUUUAGUUAGGCCUAGACGUAGGCCUAUGAUGUGCAACGCACGUGAAUACUGUAAUACACUAGAGAGCCUAGAAGGAUUAAAGAUAGUCAAGUAGCCUAAUCAGCUGCUUUCGAAGAACUCAUCUUGUUCAACGAAUCACAAUAGGAAAGUUUCACUGAAUGUAGAGAUCUAUGAUUCUGAUGUCGUCCAUGAAUUUACGAGUGAGGGCGGUCGCUUGGAAAGCCAUGUGGCUGGGCCGUUGUCUCUAUGACUAUCACCAACAGUUUUCUUUUAGGCUAUUUGUUCCCGACAUUUUAUGGUGCAUUCAUUGCAUUGAAUCUGUCUUUCUUACCCCCCACCCAUUCAAUAGCUGUAUUCUUAACCGCAGUCGUGGAAUCCGUCACGAAAGAGUCACGAGUCGUCACAUUAUCGGCCAGUGACCCCAUCCCAUAGGGGGGUCACUAAAAUAUCAAGGCAAUAAGAUGAAUGCGUCCCUUUCUCCCUUUGCAAAGGUUCAUGUAAACGCACGCUCAGUAUAAACACACGCUAAGGAACCCUCCCGAGCCCUGUGCGUUUAGGCGGAGACAACUGUAAUUCUUGUGUGCGAGACAAACGAGUGUCGAUUUCAACCGUCUUGAUUGAAGAGACGUUAAAAAUAAAGUGUGUAGUCUUGGCCCUGUAUGUUUCUGGAGGCCCUUUUCAUCAUGUGAUGAAAUUAU